UAUACAAUUAAUCUUUGAACUACAACUACUACCUACGUUAACUUGUAUAUAGUACUUCCCCCUGUGGUUUUAACCAAUUCACAUCAGCUAUGGCACCAACAACUAACGGACAUGAAUAUAUAGAAUUCCUGUAUGGUCAAUCAUAAAAAUUUGAUGACAAACGGAUCCAAAAAGUUGAAUUCCCCUAAAAUGUGCAAUUUACCCACAAUCAAAGAAUUUGCAAAAAUGAUCUAGAAGGGAAUUCACUGACCUAAAAAGCCCGCAAAUGCCUUUAAUUUGAUAGGCGGGGUAGGACUAAUAAUAAAAUAGUUCAUUCAUAGUCAGCAUGAAUCGAUGUCGAAGAGUUCAACAACUGCCAGGUUCGAAAUAUGACCAUGUAGUGUCCGAGAGAACAUCAUGGAGAACAGUUGGAUCAUUUUUAUACUCGCAGCACUUCAAAUGACUCAAUGUUUUCAACUAAGGUCUGAUAUCAGAAGAUGCCAAUUUUCGGAUGACAGUUGCAUUACGAAUAGUAUGAAUUAUGUAUUAAGGCGAUAUGGUAAAAUCGGUAUGCCCGAAUUGAAAUUUCCGCCAUUAACCUCUGCCAAAGUGGAUGACUUGGAAGUUGUUGAGAAUGAUAAGAAAAAACUUAUUUGGUAUCAUGUGAAAGGUACAAAUAUGAUGGCCUAUGGUUUAGAAAAUACAACAAUCACAAAAGUCAAAACUGAUUGGAAACAAAAAUCUCUAGAUAUAUACGGACAUAUACCAAAUCUAAUGGCAAAAAUGAAUUACAGCAUAAAAACGAGAAUUCUAUCAUUUGCCUUGCAGUCCACGGGACACGGAUCGGUGGCAGUUAAGAAUUUGCGAUUUCUUUCAAGAAGUUCAUUUAUCAUUGAUAAUCGAGGAUAUGUGAAAAUAUAUCGACUGGCUGUACACACCAAAAUUGAUAGACCUGUAUUCGACUUGACCUAUGUGAACGAGGAUAAUACAGAUCUUGCAAUUGUGCUGAAUGAUGUGAUAAAUGAAAAUUGGCAAGACGUUUGGGCCGAAGUGAAUCCAGUUUUUGAAAAUAUGUUGCAACAUAGUUUCAUCACGCAUGCCAAUAAUAUAUUUUCCUCUGCGACGUAUAUGGAUUUGUUUUUGCCCGAAGAUGAAGAUAUAUUAAAAUAUAAAGUUGGUGCUUAAAUUCAAUAUUAGUUAAUAGACACUGAAGUAGGAUCUAUCAUAUCGACACUGAACCAUUAGCUAUAUUCGGUGAUGGUUUAGAAAAUAGUCAAAAUAAAUAUUUAGAUACUCAGAUGGUUUAUUUAACUUAUUUCUAUCGAUACAAGUUUUUAAGUUAUUUCCAAAGUGUUUCGUAAUUGUUGUUUGUAUAGAUAAUUGUGUCUAUGGUUAAGAAUUCAAUACUUUGUUAAAGCCAAAGCACUGCAAAAACGAA